CACUUCGAGGAUACAGUACCGAUAGCCGCAUAAGAUAUUGAGCAUGGCCAGCGUGAAGGAGGAGAAGCGCAAGGCUGAGGAAGGCAUCAACGGCCACGAUGCUAAGCGCAUCAAACCGUCUGUGUCGCCUCCGCCGGCGUCGCACGAAGAGGAGCGCGACGAGGACGAGGACGACGGAACCUUCACGAUCAAUCACGCCGCGUACCCCGAGAAGCCCGCAGUCGUCGAGGAGCGCAAUGGCGAUAUCUCGUUCUAUGUCGUCAACAAUGACGGCAAGCCCUCGUCGCACAUCAUCCUCACCGGCCUCAAAUGCAUCUUCCAGAAGCAGCUCCCCAAAAUGCCCAAGGACUACAUUGCGCGACUCGUCUACGAUCGAACCCACCUGAGCAUAGCAAUCGUGAAGCGCCCUCCAGCCGGCUCGUUCGCAGAAGCAAGCGGCCUGCCCGGAGAAGUGGUGGGCGGCAUCACAUAUCGGCCCUUCAAAGGCAGGCAGUUCGCCGAGAUUGUCUUCUGCGCAAUCAGCUCUGAUCAGCAGGUGAAAGGAUACGGCGCACAUCUCAUGAGCCAUCUUAAAGACUACGUCAAGGCUACCAGCGAUGUCAUGCACUUCCUGACCUACGCCGACAACUAUGCGAUUGGUUAUUUCAAGAAACAAGGAUUUACAAAAGAGAUCACAUUGGACAAGCCCAAGUGGAUGGGAUAUAUCAAGGAUUACGAGGGUGGUACCAUAAUGCAGUGUUCCAUGCUGCCCAAAAUCCGCUAUCUCGAAUCAGGGCGAAUGCUGCUAAAACAGAAAGCUGCUGUUCAUGCAAAGAUCCGAGCAGUAUCAAAGAGCUACGAGGUUCACCAACCCCCUAAGGCUUGGAGGAACAUCAAACCCGGCCAGCCUCUACCUGAGAUUGAUCCACUAUCCAUUGACGCAAUCAAAGCGACAGGUUGGUCACCCGACAUGGACGCACUCGCACGCCAACCUCGGCGCAAUCCUUCACACAGCCUUCUACUUGGCCUGCUCUCAGCCCUGCAAACAAGCAGCUCAGCAUGGCCUUUCCUCCAGCCUGUCAACGGCGAGGAAGUUCACGAUUACUACGAAGUCAUCAAAGAACCCAUGGACCUCAGCAGCAUGGAACAAAAGCUGGACAAGGACCAAUACGAAACCGUGGAAGACUUCGUCAAAGACGUCCUACUCAUCGUGCGGAAUUGCAAACGCUACAACGCCGAAACAACACCAUAUGCCAAAGCUGCCAAUAAGCUGGAGAAGGAAAUGUGGAAGAAGAUUCGCGAAGUGCCGGAGUGGUCGUACCUGGAACCGGAAAGUUUUGAGAGCACGAAUCGAAAGCCGGAGGAUCAGUAGGAAGUUCCACCUCCAACGCGAGCUGCUCCACCGGAUCCUCCUGAUAUAGGGCGGCGCAAGGUCCAGAAGGAGCGAGCCACGGGGCUUGACAGGAAUGGGAAGCCCAGUGUACGUGGCCGGAGAGGGCGACCCCCUGGUCCUCGGUAAAUACUCUGCUUCUGAGGCUAUCAAUAUAUUGCAUGAUAGACGACUUGAUAACAUUGAAUGAAAUACGACUGCCUUUGAUUGAGGUAGUAGCAAAACAGCUUGACCAGA